AUGUCCGCCACUGGCCUCGACGUUCGACAUGUCAUUACAGGGCCUGUCAUCGAGGUUUCUGUUCAAAGCGUGGUUUAUGGCGCGCAUCUCGCUCACACCCCGAGUAUAUACGUGGCUCUCAUAAUCAUCACAACGUAUACAAUUAUGCGGAAGGGAUUACAAUCCAAAGUCAACAUAGUCAUGUUGUUCAUAUCGCUCUUCAUGUUUACAAUGUCGAGCGGUGUCUUAGCAUUGUCGCUGGCAAGCUUCAUCGAGACCUUUUCCGGUCCUGGGCAGUUAUCAGAGGGCAGAUUCCAUGCAUUGAGCGGAUCGGCCGCGGCCAUGUUUGUGGUCAAUUUAAUCCUCAGCGACAGCGUUAUGGUCUGGCGGGCGUCCUUGCUCUGGGCCGGUAGCAAGAUCGUGAUCGUCAUAAUAUUGGGUUUUCUGGGAGCUACUACAGUUUCAGCGAUCAUGUUCAUUGGAUGCACUGGUAAAAUCUUCAAAAACAACACGCUAUGCAAUUACGCCUCUUAUGGUGGUUUGGUGCUUUCUUUCACAACAAACUUCACAUCAAUGCUUCUGAUUGCCAUCACAGCAUGGUCAGUCAUUCAGCAGGCAUUUGAGUAG